AUGGCGAGAGUGUCAAAAGUCAUGGCGGCGCGCAUGGAUUUUUCGGAAAUUGAAGUAUUCGCUAAGGAAGUGAUGGAAGAAGCUGAUACACUAUUGAUCCGGGGAACUGAAUUACAAUGCAGGAGCUGUCCAGAAGAUGCAGAAACUAUUGGCGAAGUAACUGAGUCUUUCCAGCAACUUUUAAUCCAUGUACGGAAUCACGUCAAACUACUGAAAAAGAUGAGAACAAAAACGAAGGACUCCAGCAAUGAAAAUUCCAAGUCUCCUGCGUAUGAUGACGACAUUCAACUCUCCACCUCAAGCAAAAGCACGGAAUCAGAGGAUUUUUUGAUGUGGUGCAUUAAACAAAAAAAAAGCGUUCGUCGUCAAAAGCCGCGUUUAGCAAUCAGCAGCACCAGCAAAUCAAAUUCAACGACGAGCAGCAGUGCAGAAAAAUCUGGGGCUGGGUCUUUAAAAUUGAAACCAAUCGCGGGGAAACGUGUUCGACUAGUUCUUGACUUGGAAGCACGUGCGAAAAAGGAGAAGCGGGAUUUGAGCUCGUAUUCGCGGGAUGUACGACGUGAUGCCUCGGAAACUGAAUCGUCGUCGUUUUCCGAGGAAACGCAGGAGAAAUAUUCGAACAUUCCUUGCGAGAAGAAAUCUGGGAAGAAGCUGCGCAUGCAGCGACGGGUUCGCAGCAGAAAAUGCGCAGUGGCUGCUGUGAAGGACAAUGUGUCUGGAUCCAGUCUAGAAAGUGUCGAGCGGGGACGACGACGACGAGACGACGUUGUUCUCGUUGCCUCUGCUGAAGUGUCACAAGAUACUCUGAGCGACAACAACGUGGAAUCGGACGACAACACGUCAACACUGGACGGAUCAGCGAGUGAAAACGACGUUCAAGUUUUCAACAUCAUUCCUGAACUCGAGGAAAAACCCGAGGAACGUCGCAUUGCUGCUGUUGGCAUUCUCGAAGCCAGAAUAAGUGACAAACGUGUCAGCAGGAUAAUGGAAUCCAAGCAAGAAAAGAAGGCAAAACAAAUGACGGAUCUUUCGAAAACCAAUAAGACGCAAAUUUUGGAUGCCGCGUCGUUGUCUUCUUUCGAUUUCGGACGAGACUCGAGUCAGGACGUGAAGGCCAUUCUGCGGCCCCCUGGGACGCCGAUGACCGUUUCGACUUCUUUCGAUGAUGACAUUAUUGGAGCUGCGGAAGUUCCUGCGGCUUCGAGGAAAGAUUCUUUCCAGAGUGCGUGUUACCAGAUGGAAAGUGCCCUGGAGGAAGCCAGGGAUAAGCUGAAGAAGCUGGAGUCUUUCCAGAAGACUCCGAAUGCUGGCGAUUCAGCCAAAGACGAGCUUCAUUCAAAGCUGAUGGCGAGCUGUCACUCCAUCAUGGACGUGGUGGGUUAUCUCAAAGAAGAUGUCUUCAUGAAGAAACACGGCGUGAAUGCCACCGAGAAGCGACUCGUUGAGGCGGAUCAAUUGCUGAAUAGAUUCCAACGGGCUAGACAAAAGAGAGAAAAGAUCCAGCGACAAACAGAAGACAGCAGUUUUGAAAAAGAGAAGUUCACGGUGGCCUCAACCUCACUGGAGUCAGUUGCGAGCACCCCGCGACAUUCUUGGCUCCAUUGUCGGCGUUUGGGCGCGUCUUGUGACACGUGUUUGCAUGAGCGGGGAAUCAUGUCGCCCGGAGCGGCAUCUACCCAGAGUCUCGGACAACUCUCGGGCUGCGUUCAUCCCGAAUCAGACGUAGAUGUCGUGAAUCGCAUCCUGGCUCGCUCGAAUGCCCAACUCCAACAGCAGCUGCUGGCAGAGGAUGGAGAGAACGUGUCUUCCAGCAGUAGCAAGUGUCCUUUGUGUUCCAGGCGCGAAUUGAGACAACUGGACAACGACCUCUGGCGGUUGGAAAUUUGGAUGGAUAAUGCCGAGAGGCGCAUAGCGGAGGUUUUCCGGCAGAGGGCGGCACCGUCGUUUGUAGGGAAGGAGGAUGACGAAGCAGAUCAAGCGUUUGGUGGUCGCAGCUCUCAAAGGCAGCGCUUGUGUUUGGGUGGUGAUUUGGCUCCACUAGAAGAAGCUUUCCAAGAAGUGCACGAGCUGACCCUGGACUUGAAGUCACAUGAGCCCCUGAAGGCAAGUGUGGAGUCGCUGGCCGGACACUUGAUUGCCAAAAGCGGAGACGUGAACAAAGUGGAAGAACUGAAAGGGAAAUUGGCGAAGAUCAGGUCGAGAUGGAGUAGAUUGGAAGCUGACACUGCUGAAUGCUUGAGGGAUCUGGGACUUGCUCUAUACGAGCACAGAGACCUGCACCGGAACCUCGACCAGCUCAUGGAAUGGGUUCAGUCGGCGGAAAUGGAGAUCCGUAACAACGAACCCAUAGACCCCAAAGCGAGUCCUGAAUCCUUGGCUAAUCUGAAAACCAGGUUCCAAGAAAUGCAGCUGGAAGCUGGCUCAGUCUUGGUCCGCAUCGUGCCGUUGCGCAGAAAUGUUGAUCAAGUUCUUGGCAAAUAUCACCAGCUCCAGGCGCUGCAGCAACAGCAAGAUCACAGACAAAGAUCCUCAGCAAGACACAAGGACUUGGACAUCAAGCAAUGCUUGAAAGCACAAAAGAAACUACAUGACCUUGAUGAAAGACUUGGUGCCAUUGCCAAGCUGAGUGAUGCCUAUGUGUCUUCUCUGAAUGACAUCAUUCUUUUGAGAGCUGCUGCUGCUGCUGGAGAGGGUGACUCGUCUAAAAUACCCAUGAGUGUCUCGGGGUUGAAACAAGAAUCAGCUCAAGCCAAAAGAAAAAGCGCAUCACCCAAAAGACGGCUCUCACCGUUGAAGCGGUUGAAGGAAAAAAUUCAGCAAGAACCUGGUUUGCGUAGAGAAGGAGCUGGUGAAUUUUCCCCUUCUGAUAGAAACAGCAAAAGAUCAGCAGAGAAAGAAAAAACGAGAAAAGGGUCUGCUGUUCACGACAUUAAUAAGGCAGACUUGGAAGAGGAAGCUGAUGAUGAUGCUGAUGUUGAGGGAGCCACUGGGGUUGACGUAGAAAAAUUGCACAAAUUCAUCGAAAGGCAGCAUUUGCAACUUUCGGAUGAGUAUUUGUCCAGGACUGCCACAGCAUCUGAAGGAGAGUUCGAUAAGUAA